AUGGCUCCUGACAUGCUGUCCUGGCUCCUCUUCCUCGUCCUGGCUCUGUCAGUCUCCACUCACGGCGCCAGCGGCGCUGCCUGCGACCCGACCAGCGGCUUCGUCACCGUGCCGCUCAACGACACGCAGCUCCCGGUGCAGAGCCCGUACGACCUUCCGCUGAAUGAGCGGUACGAGUUCGUGAACAGCAUGCGACGGCUGUGGGUGUACUGCAGCGACAAGCCUCACAGCACCACCAGCCACACCAAGCCUCGAACGGAAAUCCGCAUGCAAACCUACAACUCCGGCGUGUGGCAGUUCGAAGGCUACGCCUACGUCCCCGGCGGCACCUCCGGGGUGUCCAUCAUGCAGGUGUUCGGCGCGGCGAAGCACGCGACGACGCUGAUGCUGCACGUCUACGACGGCGCGCUGCGGUACUACGACAUGCAGGUCGUCGAGGGCGGCAUCUACGACCGGUGGUUCCGGCUCAACGUGAUCCACGACGUCGGCGGCAACGGGACGCUCGCCGUGUUCAUCGACGGCGAGGAGCGGCUGCGCGUGGCGGGGCGUGGCGGCCACGAGCACUACUUCAAGUUCGGAGUGUACGCGCAGAGCAACCCCUCGCACUACAUGGAGUCGCGAUGGAGGGACGUCAGGCUCUUCACCAAGCCUACUUACUGA